AUGUGGGAUUUUUCUCGGGACUCUCCCUGAUUUUCACACCAAAGAUUCAAGAUGAACCAAAAGUGCAAAGUAUGCGGCGAGCCCGCGGCUGGUUUCCACUUCGGCGCAUUUACAUGUGAAGGAUGCAAGUCAUUCUUCGGAAGAUCGUAUAACAACCUUAACUCAAUCACCGAGUGCAAAAACAACGGAGAAUGCGUCAUAAAUAAGAAGAAUAGAACCGCAUGUAAAGCUUGUCGGCUGCGCAAGUGCCUAAUGGUAGGUAUGUCGAAGUCCGGUUCCCGUUAUGGCCGCCGCUCCAAUUGGUUCAAGAUACACUGCCUGCUACAGGAGCAACAGCAGGCUGCACAAUCACGGUCACCACCUAGAAUGCCUCAGUCACCACACCCGUUAGCGCCACCCUUUCCACCUCACCUCUUUCCCAGUCUCGCGAGACCGCGGACGAAAGAAGAAUUAGCACUACUAGGACUCGAUGAUUUUAAACCACCUUGCUCUGGCUCUCCUGAUUCACACCACAGUGGCUCGUCUCCAAAAUUAGAUGAGAAGACAAAGAUUACACAGUCUCGGCCGCCAGAGCGACCGCUUACUCCUCCCAGGGAUGCAUUCGUACCACUGCCACUAGCCAACAUUGGCUCCUUGCCUCAUUUCCCACACUCACCGUUCCUGCCACCACCACCGUUUAGCCCGUUCGCUCAUAACCACCCGUUACUCUUUCCGCCUGGCUUCCAUCCACUCUACUCGCGGCAUCUGCUCGACCAUCCAGCUCUAAGACAAGCCGCCGAAAACAAUAACAACGUCCGAAUCGACGACCACAAUGCAGAUUCUUCAAAGCGAUUCUUUUUAGAUGAAAUCUUGAAACAACAACGGUCUUCACAGCCGCCGACGCCACAGGAAGACGUUAUAUCUGAAGCCGAAUUCGUGCCUACGCCUCCUGCCGAAAGAAGAACAUCGGAAUCGCCUUUACAAGAGAACCCCAUGGAUUUGUCUGUAAAAUCUGACGGCAGAUCGAGUUCCGCCCGGCGAAGAUCCGACGACAGUGAAGUGAUAGCGCCUGACCACGACGACGGCGAGUCCGGCAGCGCAGGCGGCUCGGCCAGCGAAGACGAGGACAUGUCAUACUCACAGAUCAAAAGAAUCAAGUUACACCCGCUCGACCUCACGACCAAAGUGUGA